AUGGCGCCCAUGGAGGCUCUUCUGCUUAUCAUCAGCAUGCUGCAUUUGAGAACCAUCAGCAGCAGUGAUCUCUCAAGCGUCAGCUUGGAGGAACUGCAGCACUUUAAGCAGUGUGUCCGCGGAUCACAGCGACCCAAGCUAAAGGAGUGUCUCGGUCGAUCUGCGCUGAAUUUCAUACAACGCUUUGAGGAGCGCGAAAAUGUCAGCUUUGUGGAUGACAUUGUGGCAGUCAAAAGCGACACAGCUGCGAGUCGAUCAUUGGUCAAUGUGCUGGAUACAGAUCCCGUGGAUUUCCGUGGCAUACUGGAGAAUGCCGGCGCUGUGAUGGGACAGCGCAGCUUGGAAUGGCACAUGGACGCCAUUUAUCCGGGUCUGAUGUUCAAAAUUGGACCCACAGCAGAUGCAAAUAGUGUGGCAGAGUUUGUGCUCGACAGUGGGGCACACGAUGAGCGACAAUUUGGAUACGACGAUGGCAGCACAGGUCGAGUGUUGGCCAAACAAUAUCUGCUGCCCGUUCUGCUGGGAUUGAAGUUCAAUUUGGUGGCACUGGUGCCGCUGCUCUUUGCUGGCAUUUGUCUGCUGCUCAAGAAGUCGCUAUUCCUGGUCAAGCUAGCAAUCUACGUGAGCAGCUUUUUGGGAUUUGGCGGCGUGCUGGGAUCUCUGGGCGGACUCGGUGGUCUGGGCGGUGGAUUCGGUGGAUUUGGUGGCAUUGGAGGCGCAAACAUUGGCGCCUUUGGCGGACAUCGACCAAUUGGUCACUUCCCAGGCAAGACCUCUGUAUAUGGCCAUGGUGAUGAGCUGCAUCAUCAGUACAAUGUCCACGAGCCACAGCCGUACAAGCGCAGCGAUCGCAAGGUGCGCUUCGAGCAGCCGCGGGAAGAAGCCUCCUCUCCAGCCGCCCAAAAGCGGCCCACUGAGGAUCGAUUCUAUGACUAUGAAAAGCAGUCAGUCGGCAGUCGGCAAACCAAUAAUCUGAAAUCUGACAGUCUGGUGCGCAACUUUCAAGACACAACUGCCAGCAAUGGCUGGCAGCUGGUAGAUGUAAGAUCUCUGUAAAAACUAUGAAAA